AACACACAGUUCCCAACACUGGCGUAAGCGCACCCAACUUAACACAGCAUUUGUAAGCAGAAUUUGCAUUGAAAAAAAUUGAAGAAAAACGCCGCUUUUAAAUAACAAUUAAAAACGCAUAGGGCUGCGCUUUGUCGAAGACUCAUCAAUUUUCGAGCCUUAAGUCCAAAUAGGAUUGCCAGAAGUCUUUAAAGGACGUUGGACGACUUUUUUCCGCAACGUAAAUUUGAAUCAUGGAUACGUACUUGUUCGAUGGCGGCCGCAUCACCAAAAUGGAGGUGGACUACGAGCCAGCCUGCAAUGAGAAGAUUCCAUUAGCCAAAGAACUGGCAAAGAAGAAUCCAGAUGCCUUUCACGAGGCCAUCGAAAUGAUGCUACAGCUGGAGAAACAAACUCGUUUGGGUGCUGAUAUGGUGUCGUGUUCGCGUGUUCUGGUGGCCAUUUGUCAGAUUUGCUUUGAUGCAGCCAACUGGAAUGCCCUCAACGAGUAUGUGACCCUCCUGGUGCGCCGACGAUCGCAGUUGAAGCAGGCCGUUGUCAAGAUGAUACAGGAAUGCUACACUUACGUGGAUAAAACGCCCACCAAGGAGGUGAAACUGAAACUAAUCGACACUCUGCGUUCGGUCACCGAAGGCAAGAUCUAUGUGGAAAUCGAGCGGGCUCGUCUCACCAAGAUUCUUGCCGACAUCAAGGAGGCCGAUGGUGAUGUGGCCGGUGCAGCAUCUGUUAUGGAAGAGCUACAGGUUGAGACUUAUGGCUCGAUGGAUAAGAGAGAAAAGGUUGAGCUAAUACUGGAGCAAAUGCGUCUAUGUCUGCUAAAGGAAGAUUACGUCUCAACGCAAAUUAUUGCAAAAAAGAUUAGCAUCAAGUUCUUUGAUGAUCAUACCCAACACGAUCUCAAGCUUAAGUUCUAUAACCUUAUGAUCCAACUGAAUCGGGAUACGUCGUUUUUGAAUACCUCGCGGCACUAUCAGGCAAUUGCCGAGCCGCCGCGUAAGAAGGCUCCUGUUGUGGCCGCCGCAGAAUCAAGUGAUGACAAGAAAAAGGACAAGGAUAAGGAAGCGGAGCCAACUGAGCCUGCAGCUCCAGAGCCAGAAAUCGAAUUGACCGAUGCCCAAAAGAAGGAACUAACGGAAAAACUCGUCUGCGCCGUUUUGUACUGUGUACUGGCCCCCUAUGACAAUGAGCAGAGUGACAUGAUGGCACAUUUGUCAAAAAACAAGAAACUGGAGGAUGUCCCCGCCUACAAGGAGAUUUUGCGCCUAUUCAUGUCCAAAGAGCUCAUCAAUUUCGAUACAUUCAACGCCGACUUUGGUAUGGUGUUAGCCGAAAAUGAAAUGUUCAAGGAUAGCACCAAGCAUGGCAAAAAGUGCAUUAGCGAAUUGAAGGAUCGUCUGAUAGAACACAAUAUACGCAUUAUUGCCAUGUACUAUUCAAGACUGCAUUUGGCACGUAUGAGUGAACUGUUGAAUCUGCCUGCCAGUCGGUGUGAGGAAUACCUCUCGAAGUUGGCCAACAACGAUACAAUUCGCGUAAAGAUCGAUCGUCCGGCAGGCAUUAUCUAUUUCACUACAAAGAAGUCUCCUUCGGAUAUAUUGAACAAUUGGGCCACAGAUGUCAAUCAGCUGAUGUCGCUGGUUAACAAGACCUGCCAUUUGAUAAAUAAGGAAGAAUGCGUCUACUCGGUCAUGUGUGCUGUUGAAGAUUAGGAUCCUAGUGGAGAAUAUGUAGCAUAUAGAGUUAUUGUGUUUUCUAUUGAAACGCCUGUCCCCCAUAAAAACUAUACAUAAUACAUGCAUAAUUGUAACUGUAUCUGUACUAAUCACCAUUCAACAAAACAAAUUACAACUACUGAUUCUGUUCUUUUCACAAAGUUUUUGUAUUCAUUGAAUGAACUGCAAUAAUUAAAACCACAGCAUCAAAAGUAA